CCUCAUUCUUCUUAUUUCAUCUGCUCCCGGGUCAGAUCCACAUCCAGGAGGGCUGCAGGUCAGAACACCUUGGAGCCUCAUUCAGUGUCCAGGUGGCAGCUCAAGUUCAACCUGCUUCACUGAACAAAGGUUGAAGCUGAAGAUGCAGCUCUGAAUUUGGAUAAAAACACAAACUUUGGAUUUUUUUAUCAUCAGAUUUUGAGGAAUAAAAUCUUGUUCAUCUCCUGAGGAUCCAGUAAAUUACCUCAUUAAAUAUCCCAGAACCUUCCAGGAGUCUUCCGGCUGAGGUGGGGUAUAUUUUGGGGUAUUAGUCCUCUGAGUGUCGGUGCAGUUUCGUGUCUGAAUGCCCCAGGAUUAUCCUCAGGCUGCACUUCCUCCUCCGGCCUGCAGGGCGGCAGCAGAGAGCGGCAGCCGGCCGCUGGACAGGCGGAGCAUCGGCAUGAGCGACUUCUGGCACAAGAUGGGCUGCUGUGUGGUUGCCAAACCACCGCCGAAGAAGAAGAGGAGGAAGAUUGAUCGCAGCAUGAUCGGAGAGCCGACCAACUUCAUCCACCUCACACACAUCGGCUCCGGAGAGAUGGCAGAGGGCCUGCAACCGUCAGGGUCGGUUCAGGAGCAGAUGAGGUCUAAAGGCCCGAACAUGAACGGCAGGAACAGCCUGUUAUAGCUGGAGUGUUUGAACUGAACCCAGACCAGCUGACUGACCUCCUCCUCCUUCCUCUGAACCUCUGAGCCUCUCUUCCACCAUCCGACCGCCAGCCGGAGGCCUCGACUGCCCUCCUGCUGAAGUGUUCUUAAGCAAAGCCAUGACCACCUGCAGGGGGCGCUGUCUUGGCCUGGAACAAGCCAGAUUUUACUGUGGAAAUUUCAGUUUUCAUGCAAUGUGGCCACCAGGCUGUCUCCUUUUGUGCGUUUUCUUUAGAAACUUUUAUUUUUUUUGCUAGCCAAGACUGAAAAUCAGCAAUUGCUGUUAAAAACCAUCCAAACACGAGUCCACACGGAGACUCCUGCCCAGCUGAGAUCUUUAUCACGUCCAACGAACCACCAGCUCUGGAUCUGAUCCUCCAAAACAAACACAAAGACAAAGACUACAUUUCCCAGCAUGCCAAUGAGCUUUCUCUACUUUCGCAUUUUGCCAAAUGAAAUAUUUCCAUGAUCGAAAUUAAUAUGAAACGAACGAUUUAGAUCUGAUAAAUUAGAGAAGGCAGACUUGGUGGUGGUUUUUCCCCCCGUCAGUAUUAAAAUAAACCCACAGAUCCCAUCACUGGACUCCAUUUCCCAGCAUCCUUUCCUAGUCAUGAUUUCCAAUAAGCGACAGAAUGUCUGUAAUUUUUGGCUCAAAAGUGUUAAAUUCCCAAAAAGAAUGACUGCAUUUUCCAGGAUUCACUGAGACAUUUUCAGGUUUGGAGUGUUUCCUUCCUGGACUCCAUUUCCCAGGUUGCUUCAUUCUGCGCAACGCUCAGCUUUUAAAGGAUUAUUACACCUUUUUCUGGCUGUUCUUCAGCCCUCGCGUUUGUUCAGGGAUCACAUGGCCACAGUGAUGACAUCAUCUCGGACUUUAUUUCCCAGGAUGCCUCGGUGUGGCCAGCCCCACUGCUGGUGCUGAAUGAUGAAAGACUCUUGUUUUAGGAGAUGGGAAAGUCCCAUGAAUCCCUGCUACACUGGACUGUGUGUGUGUGAGUGUGUGUGUUUAAUACUCCCAGUUUAAAUAUAGACGUCGCUCCGCUGAACUCUGAGGACACACAGUUCAAAAGUUCCGUUAGAGAACCACCGCGUUUUGUAAAAGUCCUUUGUUUCCAUUUUUUUUCACUGCAGAAUUAUUCCUCCUGUCACUCGACUGUUCAGACUGCGGUUCGCGGGCCCUAAAUGGAUCUUCAGCCGACACAUUUUGGGUCCUCAAGUGAUACGUUGAGAUGCUUUUGUUAAAAACAUUUUAUGCUGCAUCUGGUGUUUGAUCAAGUGUUUUCCUGCUUUGUAUUGUGAACAUUUUUUAAGCAGAUGUUUGUAAUUUUCUGCUGUUUCAAUUGAUCUGCUCAAAUGUUCUCAAACUUCGGGACAUUUUGGUUGAUGUGUGGAUGUAGUUGUUUAAUCGGCUUGCAGAUAAAUGCCUUUAAUAUAUUCCUAUAAAAAUGAAUUAAUUGUUUUGAGUUUUGUAAAGAAAAAAACCAAAAUUUUUGUUAAUUUGUGGUAACAUUUUUUUUAAAUAUCAGCUGUAAUUAUGAGAAAAAAACUGAUUAAAAAAACAUUAUUCCAGCACUUUCUAAGGAACAGUCCAGGAUUUAACAUUGAUACUCCACCACCAACCAAACUCUGUUCAAUUUUCUAGAUAUUUUACAAAUUUCCGCAUUUUAUUUAUUUAUGUCAAUGUUAAAUUGUACUUUCAAACAGUUAUAUCCAAAUGGUCCAAAUGUGUCAAAGGAUUCUUUACACUAACUAACUAGCUAAACAACUAACUAACUAACUUGACUGUCUCCUUUUGUUUCUGUUUAUUUUUGUUUCUGGUCUGGCUAAUUAGCAAAUAAUCCAUUUUCAUCAUAAACUUAAUUAUGGAUUGCAUCAGUAUUGAUUGAUUAAUUUCUAUCACUUCUGUAAUAGUUCCAAGGCUUCUUCCCGCUGUAGUUUCUGCUCCACAUGUUGAAUUAGGUAAAAAAAAAAAAAGCGUUAAGAUGGAAUAAAGUUCCCCGCUACCCUCCACAGGAUAGAAAAGAGAGGGAUGAAUGGACAAAAGUUUCAAAUGAAAGCAAAAACAACCAGAAGUAAGGAAAAGGUGCAGACAUAUGUGAACGCAGCAGUAGCUCCUCGGCAGGGAAAUCCAUGUGAAUGAUGAAUGGUUGCCUUGGAAACCGCUGAGUCAUGGCGUUCCCUCUCAUCGUGGCGACCGUCCACUUCCUCCCUGCGGCUAAAACUGAUGCAGUCAGAAAGUCUGUUAAAGGAAAAUCUGAGCUGCUGCUGCUGCUGUUGGUCCUUGUGGUGUGUUCACUGGAUUUCUCAGAGCGUGGGAGUUUUUACAUUCCCUCCUCUAUCACUGCUCCCUGUUCAACUAUUCUGCUUGGGUCAUUCCAGACUUCUUUUGGCAAAACUACAGAUGCUUGGUGCAGAAAAUGGUGUAAACUCGGAAACGCGAUGUGAAACAGGAAAAACUUGGCAGAAAUAUCUUCCAUUAAGGUGUAUUUUACUGUCAGAACUUUAUUUUUUUCCAUUUUAAUAAUUCUGUGUUGACAUCGUUCGGUCGCCAUCGAUGUCUUCAAACCUUCAGACCUCUCGGCUCAAUCUGCCUCAUUGUGAUUCUUGGAAACUCGGAGCUGCUCUCAGGAUCAGUCGCCGGCUGCUGAAGUUGUUUAUCUCCGCCAUAGUUUCUCUCUUCCUCUUCCUCUUCCUCUUCCUCUUCGAUCCCCGUCUCUGCUUACAGUCCAACAACACUGGAGAGAACUUUCCCGUCAACGUCUCCUGAACAUACAACCUGAACAUGAAAUAUGUUGUUUAAACUGUUCCGUCAAGUUUUCUUAUCUUCAUCAAAUGCUUUUUAUGCUUUAUUUGUUAUGAUUUAUGGAAGAUUCUUUUGAGCUGUGUUUGUAUCAUUGUCUCAUUUUGAAUAUUAUUAUUGUAAGAUUAUCGAUCACAAAGAUUUUCUGUGAGUUUUGGCACCUUGAGCCUCAGUGUUUCCUGCUGCCCAAACCUGCAGGAAGCACUGAAUAAAAGUCAGUUUCAGCUCAUUUUUCUCUUACAGAAGCUGUUCACCUGCUCACACCUUUAGAUCAACUUUAAUCUGAUGUGAACCAAUCAGCAGCCUGCACAGCUGAGGUACCGAGCUGCAGUUCCUCUGCUGUCCACUAGGGGUUGUUGAACUUUGGGUGGAUUAAAGUGAUGAGGAAAAACUACAAAUUUGUCUCAGCCGGUUACGCUCGGCGUGGAGGUUCUGGUUUGUGGUUUAGAAAACCGUGAGCAAGAAAAACUGAUUUUAAGAAACUCGCAGCUGUUUCAAUGACGAUCUGCCAACCUGGUGAGAUUUGAGAAACGUGGUGAAGAUAGAAAAGACCCUAAAGCGGCUUCCUGUUUUUGGUAUUUUACAGAUUAAUAAAAAUGCAUCUGAUUCAGACAUUAUCAGUUGUUUACAUGCCCCAUUGAUAUCAGCUGUAGAUGGACUCCUCCACGUUCUACUGGGGACAUUAUCAUCUGUUAUACUAUAUACCAAUAACAUGUCACCCUUCAAACAUACAAAUUUAGGCACUUAACAUGAGGUAAACGUAGAAAAACUGAUUUUCAAGCCUAAACAUAACCUUUUCCUAACUCGAAUCAACGUAACUAGACAGUGACUUAAAGGAAAAGUAAACAGUGAAAACAAAAGUCACAAUAAAUCUUAAGUCAAAAACAAAUACAAACAUAAUGAGAUUCAAACUUGACCCACCCAUCCUCCAAGUGCAGAUUUUUGGAACUCCGCAUUUCGAACCACAAAGCACUGCUAGCAUUAAAUGAAGUUAAAAUUAAAUAGGAUAUCUGUGGGCUUCAUAACAAGUGAUAACUCUGAUUUAGUCAUCCGAAACAGGUAACAAGUAAUUGAGAAAAUAGCAUUCUACAACCCAGAAGAUGUUGCUCCUUUUGACAGAAAUGACUGUUUUGUGUGGACAGAGAAGUACUUUGCACAAAAUAUUAGAUAUGAAUCUUACUCUGAGGUAAAAACAACCAAAAUACAGUCUUGUGAACGCGAUAAAAACGUCUGCAUGUAAAGUGAACAUUUUCAAACAUGUAUGUGAAUGAUUAUAAUGAAUUCUAUAGAAAAAAUUGUGCAAAACAAAAUCAUUUGGAAAAUACAAAUUCAUCCAAACAAAAUAAUAUAUCAUCUUUCAAGACUUCAGAUGCUGAAUCCUGCCAUUAAAGGGACACCACCUCUGACCUGAAAAACUAGCAUUCUGAGAGUGAAACACCGACAGCAGGCAGAGAAAAUUUAAACUGCAGUUUAUCUUUGAAGUCCUAAUAAGUUAACCUCAAAUUAAAAAACAAAACAAAAAAAAUUAAAGUUUCUUUUUAAAUAGUCUUCACACAGCAUAUGCAGUGAAAUAUAUUUUGUGUUAAAGUGACAUGAAUGUGUGAUUUCUGUGUGACUGAUGAUGAAUUUUUGUAUUUGCUGUUUGGUUUUGUUAUGUAACUUCUUCCUCCUCUGCAGAAACAGAAAUACAGAUUGACUUUAUUCCUCCUCGUUAUGUAACUCGUGUCUCACGAUGGCUGAAUAAAUCUGCUGUUUUCUCUCCAAA